AUGGUCAGCCAAUCUUUAAACCACUGGUUGGUGCCCAAACUCAAGAAACCAGACCCCAGCCGCAUCAGAUCUAAGAAGAAGCAGGACCAAGAAGUACACGCGGCCAGACCCACCCAGCAGGGGGAAGUAUUCCCCAGGCAUUGGGAGCAUGGUUUGGAGGUGUCAGCAGUGGCUAUGGUGCUGGCUGGGUGCAUGAUGAGUGAAUUGAAUUCGAGUGCCAGUUUUGAGGUGCAGGAGCGUUGCCUGAAAGGACCAGUUGCCUGCAAGGACCAUUUGGCACGAGGACAAGAUACUUCAAACAUCAUUGAAACGACAGAGUCUUCCCUUGGGAUUCCUAGUCCCAGUGAGAUUUCAGCUGAAGUCAAGCUGCUGAAGGGAAAGGACAUUAUUAGUGGGGGUUUAGUUGCCUUCAAAUUCAUUGUGAAGAAGACAAUAGAUGUAAUAGCAGAAGGGGAUCCUGUAUUUAAAAUGACCAAGGAUCUGAUGAACUGGAAUUCUACACUGUCUCAGGUUUUACAAGAGGCAAAGGAGAAAGAAGAACUCAUGACCUCCAAUGAGGUAGCCACGGAAACAGAUAAGAAAUCUCAUAGUGGGCUACCCUUUGAUGAACUUCAAGAACAUCUAAAAGUUCUGGAGAUGCUUUUGCAAGAAAGUGAAAAAAAGGUGAAAUCUGUCCUUAAUUCUCUGAGUGGAGAAGAAUUAGAGGCUAUAAUACUUGAAUUAGAACAACUCAAAGACGUAUUUUCCCUAGCAGAAUUUUGUGAGGAAGAGGAAGAAGAGAAGAAAGGAGAUGAAGAUUUUUCUGAAGGGAUAACAGAGCUGUUUUCCCAGCUGUACAUCUCCUGCAAGCCAGACAAACUUGCCAGGAUGAGGGAUGUGAGACACAUUCAUGGAAUCAUCUAG